AUGGUCAUCGGCCUAUUAACAAUAGCCGCAAUUCCCACCGUAACAGGGGUCGCGCUAGGCGUCAGCGAACAGCGCAAAGCAAACGAGCGCAAAAACGACGAGAGGCGCAUGGCCAAAUUCCUCAUCGACGUGGAAACCAACGGAGAAACCCAAGAAGACAGCGAAGUAUGCGGGAAGCGGUUCGUAUUAAGGAAUAACAAGGUUUAUCUCGAUGAUCCGAAUCCUGUGAAGCGGAAGCUUCCGUCGCAUACGGUGACUUCGUUUUACAUCGAGUAUCCGGAGCUUGAGGAGACGAAACAUUUGAAGCGGGGAUUGGGGCUUGUUACUACCAUUGCGGAUAAUCCGCCUAUGCUGGGGUGGAUUUAUGUGGAUAAGGAUACGCAUGAACUGAAGUAUGGGAAUCGCACGGCGAGUGUUGAGCAUGUUGUUGGGCCGUGGGAUUGGACAGAGGAUGAGACGACGAUAACGCUGGAGGAGAGUCUGGAUUUUUAUGCGGUGCAAGAGGAGGAUGGGGACUGGGCGGUUUAUUUUGAUCGCGAUGGGGAUGAGUUGGAGUAUGUUCUGGAGGAACAGGACAAAUUGGAUAAUGCGUUCGCGCCUAUUGCUCUGAAGCGGAAGUUGAUUGAACAGCUUUUACAACAAGCCCAAGCUCAGCAAGCUAAGAAGAAUGAUAACUCGUGA